AUGAAGAUCUUAAUUUUUGUCCUCACAGUGAGUGUUUUCUCAUGUUCAGGGUUUCCAGUGUAUGACUAUGCCCUCCCUGUCGCAGAAGAGGCUCUCAAUGCUUCCAUUGCACGGAUCAAUUCCCAGUCAUGGAGCAGAAAUCUGUAUGGUGUUGUCAGGAGCCGAGUCAUGGGAGUGGACACGUGGGACAGCGAUACUUACGGGUUAGAUCUGCAGUUCACCAUCCGUGAGACCGUGUGCACCAAAGCUUCGGGGAGAGACCCCUUCACUUGUGACUUCAGAACUGGGCCUUUUGUGCCCACUGCUUCCUGCAGGAGUGUUGUGGAAGUCUCCGGGGAGCUGAUUGCCAACCUCACUGUGCGGUGCCACCGCAGCAUGUUCAGCUCUGAAUCCAUGAGCAGCGAGGAAAUGAUGCACGUACCUGUAAUGAUCCCUGACAGGCGAGGCAGCGCUCGCAGGGAAGAUGAUGUCUUUGCUCCUGAAACCUUUCCUUCAAGGGGAAGAGGCAGCAGCCGUGGAGACUGGAACAAACCCAGCUACCUCAGCCCUAACAAGAUGGAAUAA